UUGGUCUUUUGGAAGUGACCCAAAUCGAGUGAGGGAAGAGGGAGGAAAAUCCCCUGGAUCCCUGCAGGGUUAAUUUAUUCAAAAAGGAAAUAAGAGAAAAAUACUCAACAUGCAAAAGUCUUGUGAAGAAAAUGAAGGAAAAGCACAGAACAUGCCAAAGGCUGAGGAAGACCGCCCUACGGACGCUGUACCACAGGAGGCAGAAAGAAAUCCUCAAUCUUCUGAAGAAGGUGUAAGCCAGGAAGCAGAAGGAAACCUUAGAGGAGGGCUGACUCAGCCUGGUCAGGGAUAUAAAGAGGACACUCCGGUUGGGCAUUUGGACCCAGAAGAAAUGAUAAAAGGAGUAGAUGAGUUGGAAAGGCUUAGGGAAGAGAUAAGAGUAAGAAACAAGUUUGUGAUGAUGCAUUGGAAACAAAGACAUUCACGCAGCCAUCCUCAUCCUGUGUGCUUUAGGCCUUGA